AUGGCCGAGAACUUUCCGAAUAACAUCACCGACGAUGCGCGGGCGCGGGCUCCUAUCGCCAGUGAAACUAUCAUAGGAGUGAGUGUUUUGUUCAUCGCCCUGUCGACACUGUUCACGGGGACCCGUCUGUACACCAGAUUCACGGUGUACCAGCAGUUCUGGUGGGAUGACUGGUCCAUGCUCCUCGCCUGGAUGGGUACAAUCGUGUUAUGCACAUUAAUGCUGUUGAUGAUGCAUCAUGGCGGCGGAUUGCACCACGAAGACACGCCCCUCGCAGAAUACAAGCGAUACGUCGAGAUCUUCCAGGACCUCCAGAUGGUCGCCCGCACGAGCAUGUUCUUCGCCAAGCUCUCCAUCCUGCUACUAUACGUCCGACUCUUCUUCCCCAAGGGCGUGACUCGAAGUGCGCUCUGGUGGAUUAUCCAAGUCGUUGUAUGGCUCAACUUCCUCUACACCGUCGGCCUGAUCAUGGCCCUUGCGCUGCAGUGUGUGCCAUACCACAAGCCAUAUGGGAGCAGCUGCGUGAAUCAGUACAUGGUCUUGAUCUCGGCAUCGAUUAUCAACAUCAUUAGCGAUCUGCUAGUACUGGUUAUCCCCAUGGUGUCAGUAUGGCGGCUUAAUAUGAGCCGCAGGCGGAAGUGGGCUGUGUGGGCCCUGUUUGCCUUCGGAACACUCGCGCCCCUUUCCAGCAUCGCCCGUCUCGCCUACCAGGUACCCAUGGCCGACGGCAAAGACACGACCGUAAUCUACAUGAUCGUGGUCCUCCUCGCGCUGGCAGAGCAAGUCAUCGGCAUAGUGGCGGGCUGCGCACCGAUAGUGAGCACCUGGUUCGUCCGCCUCGUGCUGCACAAGGGGUCCCGCGACGCCGCCAAGGUCAGCCCCGGCGCCGCGGCCAACGCCCCGCGCACCAUCACGCAGCGGUUCUGGCCCGACAGGGAGGGCGGCCAGCCGGAGACGCCGCGGGAGAGGCGGCUGCGCAAGUGGAAGCGGUCCACGGCUACGGACCCGUAUCCCAUCACGAUGACGGUGCAGAGCACGGCGAGCGAGGAGGCGCUUGACCCGGGCUUCGCGGCGCUUGGGACUGCCGAGUCGGGGCGGGCGUCUGAGGGGGUGGAGUUGGGCGAUGUUGCUUCUGUUGGGGGGAAAGACAGGUAUUGA